AUGAAUAAGAAUCAAAUUCAAAAUACUAAUACUCGUAAGCCAUCUAAUAGUUAUUUAAAAACAGAGUUCAGUUGUUCAUCACAGACUAAAGAUUUGAGAUAUACAACAGACCCUUCCCCUAAUAGAGGAAAUAAAGAAAAUGUUGUUAAACCAUCUUAUCUUAAAGCAACUCUCCAAAAUCAUUUAAUCAAAUAAGAUAGAAAUAUAACUCCAAAUGUUGCCAAAGGUAGUGUUAUAAGUUUGUUUCUUAAAUAGAAAUAAGAAGAGUAGCAUACUGAAAUAAAAUUGAAUUCUUGCUAAACGCAUAAAAAGAGAUUGAAAUACGAAAUCAAUUAAUAAUCAAUGUGUAGUAGAUGUGCAAUUGAUUAUGCAAUCUAAUUUGGAGUGCCUAUUCGUUAUAAUGAUUUAGAUAGAAAAAUGCUCACAUUUGGUUAAGAUGAAGAACAUGAAGAAUUUCAAUCAUUUACAUAAAAUACAUCAAAAGAACUUUAAUAUAUAUCAAAUAUAUAAACAUAAUCUGAUGGUAUCAUUAAAAAGAAGGAGUUAAAAGAUUUUAUUGUAAAGGUUGGAGAUAUUAUCAGUUAGAAUAUGUAAUUUCUAAAAGUAAUACAACAAUAAUCUCUUACUUUAGAUAAUCCAAAAUAAUAAGUUAAUAAAAUAUUAGAUGAAUUAUAAAUAAUGAGUAAGGCUCUUAUUAAUGAUUUAUUUGAUAAAUAAUAAACUAAAAGUUAAGGUUCUUUAAGUAUUUCUAAUGAUCUUCCUUAAUAGAUUAAUCUAAAUAGCUUUAUAUCAGUUGUUACUUAAUAAAUAAAUGAUCUAUAAAAUAUUAAAAAGGAUAUUAUGGAGAAUGUUGAUAAUAUCAUAACUUAAAUGGAUGUGGCUCCUUUUAAAAUUAUAAUUAAUAAAUAUAGUGAGAAGUUAAAAUCAUUUGAGAUUACUUUAUUUGAGAUUUAAGAAUAAUGUAUAAUAAUAUUUAUAUAAAAUAGAUAAAUAACUCCCCCAAUAAUGUGAAUAAAAUAGUUUUACAAAAAAAAUGAGAGAUUUGAAUUUUAAGAAAAAAUUAUCAAAAUUAUUUAAUGAUUUACUUGAAAAUUCAGUAUAAAAGCCAAACUAAUUAUAAGAUUAAGGUAAUUAAUUUAAUUUUAACAUACUAGUUAAUAAUAAUACAAAAUUUAUUUAAUUGUUAUAAAAAGUUAAUAAUAAUUAGAAUACCAAUACAAUCUUCUAUUCAUCUAUUUUAAAAGUAUUAAAAAUGAUUUAAUAAAGGAUAUAAAUUCUGAUGAAAAACCAAAAUAAAUAAAAACUAGAUAUAAACCUUCUGAGUGA